AUGUUCAUUUUGAUGGGAGUCUUCUUUCUGCUUAACAUUCCACCUCUCAUGGCCAAUUUCAUUGAUCCCAGAUGCUUUUGGAGAAUAAAUUUGAAUGAAAUAAAGGAUAGAGAUUUGGGAUUAAAUUGUACUUUCAUCCUGGCAGCCGUUCAGACACCUAUUAAGAAAGAAUAUUUGAACAAGACUCUGAAUGUCCUAAAAACAACUAAAAACCACAAAUAUGCUUUGGCAUUGGCCUUUGCAAUGGAUGAAAUCAACAGGAAUACUGACAUUUUACCGAAUAUGUCUUUGAUUAUAAAACACAAUUUGGGCCAUUGUGAUGGGAAAACUGUAAGACCUUCACCAUAUUUAUUUAAUAAAAAAACCCAAAGACCUAUUCCUAAUUAUUUCUGUAAUGAAGAGAGGAUGUGCUCAUUUCUGCUUACAGGACCCAAUUGGGAAGUAUCUUUGAGUUUCUGGAAAUACCUGGACAGCUUCUUAUCUCCACGUGUGAGUUAUCAUUGGCCAGGAAUUCCUAACAUCAUAUCUGUUUUGGAGAAUUUGAUAGCCAUUAAGAAAGUUAAUGGAUGUGGUCAGACUUAUGCUUAUGUCAAUCUAGGUAGCUCCUGGAUACUUACUAUUCAGAAACAUGAUAAGCUUUCAACUAGGGACUACCAACAGAAGUUGGCAGAUACAUGCAAGGAGGAAUAA